UGAUAUUCAGAGUCGUUAUGGCGUCGCACCGAACGGGAAUGGGAUUUUUCAGUUGCCGCAUGUAUUGGAAUUUACCAGUCAUGUUCCACGUUCUUUUGUAGUUAAAUAUACACAUGCAAAUGAAGGAAGAAGAUAAUAUACCGGGAACGGUCAAUGGCACCGUUAUGGAGCGAAAACAAGGUGGUGUCGAAGAUAGCAGGGGUUGUACAGACACACUGGUCUACGAAGCGGGAUCUAAUCAAGCUGCAGGUCGUGGCGGCCGCAAUGGUACAGGAAACCGUGUCGGAACGGGGAUACGCGUUCUAAAGCGGAACAUGAAGAGGAAUGGGAGCAGAGGCUGUGUUACCAGGAAGACCCGCUUUGGAUCGCGGGAGCGGGACUGGCUGAAGGGGGAUGCCCAGCGGGGCUGUGUGUGUCUGUACGGGGGAACAGUUGACCCCCAGCCCCCAGCCUCGGGCCCACAGGCCUCCUCCACCCUCCAGGCAGACCUGCGGCUGGUGCUAUGCUCCACCACUACCACGGUGGAGGAGCUGUGUGCCCAGAGAGAAGUAGAGGGACUAUACCUGCAGCUCCAUGGAGACCUGCUCAGGAGGCUGGACCCCUCUGAGCGCCCUCUCCAGAUGGUGUAUGACUACCUGGCUGCUAUAGGCUACCAGGACCCUCUGCGGGUUCAGAGAGAGGCGGCCAACUCGGACCUCAGCUGCAUGAUCCGCUUCUACAGUGAGUGUCCAGUGAACGCGGACCAGCAGGAGCGAACCCUGUUGACGGGCGUGUUCAGCGUCAGGAAGGGAAAGACCCAGCUGCACAAGUGGGCAGAGCGCCAGGUCCUCCUGUGUGGAACCUGUCUGAUUGUGGCCUCCGUCAAAGAUAGCCUGACGGGGAAGAUGCACAUCCUGCCCCUGGUGGGGGGAAAGGUGGAGGAGGUGAAGAGGAGACAGCACUGUCUGAUGUUCAGCUCAGCCGGACCUCAGGCCCAGACAUACUUUGUUAACUUCGACACACUGGCAGACUAUCAGAGGUGGCAUCGGCAGGCUUCAAAAGUUGUUUCUCAGACCAUCAGCCUGGUGGAUCUGUCAUGCUACAGUCUGGAGGAGGUGCCAGAGUACCUGUUCUACAGCCAGGACCUCACCCAUCUCAACCUCCGACACAACUUCAUGUCCCUGCAGGGCCCCGGAGGACUGCUCAACCUCCCCAGGUUUUCCCAGCUGAAGAGCCUGAACCUUUCGCAUAACCGCCUGGGAGUGUUUCCAGAGUCUGUCUGUGAGAUCCUCACCCUGACAGAGCUCAACCUCUCCUGUAACGGCAUGAACACUGUCCCCGCACAGAUAGGCAACCUCCAGAGUCUGCAGACCCUGUCUCUGGAUGGGAAUCAGUUGAGCUUCCUUCCUGAAGAGCUUGGCGGCCUAGCUCAGCUCAGCAGCCUGGGGCUUUCCUUCAACAACUUCCCCCACAUCCCUGGUGUGCUGGAUAGGCUAAGUGGCAUGGACAAGUUAGCCAUGGCUGGGAACAGGGUGGAGACCCUGGAGCUGGGGAUCCUUGCCAGGAUGAGCCACCUCAAGAACAUCGACCUGCGGCUGAACGGUCUGCGCUGGGUGAAGAGUGAGGCCCUGGAGGCAGUGAAGCAGGUGACCCAGCUGGACCUGAGGGACAACCACUUGGCCACCCUGGACCUGAGCUCCAUCUGCAGCCUGGAAACCCUGCACUGUCAGAGAAACCAGCUGAGGGCGCUAACGCUGAGUGGCUUCACCCUGCGCACGCUCCACGCCAGCAGCAACCGCCUGACCACAGUCAACAUCUACCCAGUACCCAACCAGCUGACACAGAUGGACCUAUCACGGAACCUGCUGGAGUACCUUCCAGACUGGGUGUGUGACAGUAGAAAGGUGGAGGUGCUGGACGUUACACACAACUUCCUGUCUGAACUACCAGCCAGACUGCUCAGCAGCCUGAGUCUGAGGAAGCUGCUGGCUGGGAACAAUAGGCUCCAGAGACUGCCUGACCUACUUGACCACAUCCCCCUGGAAGUACUCGACCUCCAGCACAACAAGCUAGGCGAGCUCCCAGAGAGCCUCUUCUACAAGGCCUUAAACCUAAAGUACCUGAACGUGUCAGCUAAUGCCCUGGAGACAAUUCCCCCCAGCAGCCAAUCAGAGGAGAGUCUCAGCACCCUCCAGGAACUGUACCUGACGGGGAACAAACUGAAUGAGAACUGCGCUGCUCUGCUUGUGGGACACCAGAACCUCAGAGUCCUGCACAUGGCCUACAACCAGUUGCUCUCUUUCCCUGCCAGUAAACUGAGUAAACUAGAGCUGCUGGAGGAGCUGAAUCUGAGUGGCAACAAGCUGAAGACCAUCCCCUCCACUGUUUCCAGCUGUAAGAGGCUACACACCCUCAUAGCACACUCCAACCACAUCAGUGUGUUCCCCGAGAUCCUCAACCUGCCAGAGAUCAAGCUUGUGGACUUGAGCUGUAAUGAGCUGACUGAAAUCCUACUGCCAGACUCUCUAACGGCCACCCUGCACGAACUAGACCUGGCUGGCAACAGCAGCCUCUUGCUGGAGCACAAAACACUCAACCUGUUCAGUCACAUCACCACCCUGAAGCUGGACCAGAAGCCAGCCAUGGCCACCGGGGACUCCCUGGGCUCCUCCACCCUGUGGAACCACGGCUACUCUGAGAUGAGUGGGCAGAGGAACAAAUUGUGUGUGUCUGUGCUGGCAGUGGACCGCUUUGGGGAUAGUGUUGAGGCGGCCUAUGGCGUCUUCGACGGAGACCGCAAUGAGGAAGUUCCUCGUCUGUUGCAGUGCACCAUGGGAGAUGUGCUGUCGGAGGAGCUGCUGCAUUCCAGUGUGGACAGUGUGUACAUGAGCAACACCUUCCUCACCUCACACAGGAAACUGGGCAUGGCUGGUCAGAAGCUGGGUGCAUCUGCCCUGCUCUGCUACAUCCACCACGAGCCGUCGGAGCUGGGCAGCUACUUCAGCCUGACGGUGGCCAACGUGGGCAGCUGCCAGGCGGUGCUGUGUCGAGAUGGCCAGCCCCUGCCCCUUUCCAAGGUUUUCAGCCUGGAGCAGAGCACCGAAGAGAUGGACAGGGUCAAACUGAGCAAGGCGAUCAUCACUGAGGAUAACAAAGUGAGUGGAGUGACAUGCUGCUCUCGCCUGCUGGGAUGCUCUUAUCUGUCUCCCUGGGUGCUGCCCAAGCCCUGGGUGCGCACUGAGCCCCUGUGUUCCCAAGAUGAGUUCUUGAUCCUGGGGAACCGGGCGCUGUUUGAGAGGGUGUCCUACCAGGAGGCUGUGUGCAACGUGCAGGCCGUGAGGGACCCCCGCGCAGCUGCCAAGAAGCUCUGCACGCUGGCCCAGAGCUACGGCUGCCGGGACAAUGUGGGGGCGGUGGUGGUGUCCCUGCACAUCGGGGAGGACAGCUGUACCUGUGAGCCCCCUCACGCCAGUACUGGUAUUGAACCCCGGGGACCCCCUCCAACACCCCUCCCCGUCACUGCUCCCCAAGGGGACCCGGCCACGCCCUCCUCCAGCAGUGGCAUCGCUUCAGAGUUCAACAGCGAGACUUCGGCCUCGGAGGUGGGGAGUGAGGCGGGCUCCACAGCCUCUGACGAGCACCCCUCCACUGGCCCCACGGCCCGACCUGAGAGGCGCUGUAGUCUCCACCCUGCAGCCACGCUCUGUGCCCCCGCGGGACCCGGCUCAGCUGGGGUAGGGGGGCCCCACCCUGUCCUAUUCCAGCGCCAGCCCUCCUGUGCCACCUUCUCCAGUAACCAGUCUGACAACGGGCUGGACAGUGAUGACGAGGCUCCACUAGAGGGGGUCAUCUCCAAUGGGAGCAAGCUGGAGGUGGAGGUGGACAUCCACUGCUGUGCUUUCCAGAUCCGUUCUGGGCCAGCCGCGAGCCCAAAGGACCACAACCUGGACAAGACACGCUCCGACUACCCCAACGGGAAGAUGCGUCGUCAGAACAGCGUGGUGGUGUCAGCCACUAAUGGCUGCCUGCUGGCUGUGUGUGGCAGAGAGAUCUCUGACCUAAAGAAGUCCCCCUCCACCUCCAGCCUCUUUGGGAAGAAGCUUUCCAACGGCUCCGUGGUGGCCCCGGAAGAUAGCCACAACCUCAUCGAGGUAGCCCUGGAGGCCCCUAAGAAGAAGUCGGGUUACUUCACUGCCCCUGCCCAGCAGGACCCCGAGGACCAGCUGGUAGUGCCUCCCAGUCUAGAGCAGGAUGUUAGGGAACAGCUGAGGGGCCAGAGCCCUAUGGUCCCAGGACCUCCACCCCCUUUCACACCCCCCUCCAUCAGAGACCCUGUGUGGGACCACCCCCACCCCCCUGCUCCCAUGCUGCCCCAGCGGGACCUCGCCCCUAACCCUAUCCCUGCCCUACAGCAGGAAGUCUAUGAUACUGCCCUCUAGAGGGGGCCAGAGCACAGCGCCACCCUGUGGUAGUCCUGUGACAGUGCCAUACCAGGGGGGCAGAGGAGGUCUCUCUGGCACAGGUGGGAUAUUCCAGUUCAAGUUUCCAUUCAGCUCUGUCAUGAAGACCAGAUGGACAUGUGGGGCCUUGACUGUUCACACAUGAAUGCGUUACGUCACGUUAGACGUAGAGAGGUGCUUAGCUAACUGUCUGAUGAACCUGGUGGAACUGUCUGAGUAUCAGAGCUGAACAGGCACUGAAGUCACCAACCAUGAAAAUAGGUUGUGAAAAGAAGGGGGCCACCGGAGGCCAAAAUACCCCAGCCUGAACUAGAAUACCUCAUGCGUUUUAGACUGCAGAACUUGUUUGCAACAUUUCCCUUUACUUGGAAGGAAGGUCAAAUAGUGAAAUGGUAGAAUAAUCCAUUUGAGUGUGUUAUCAUUCCAUUGCUGGGGGCUGCAGGGGCUCCUAGAUCCCAGGGACAAGUCCUGUGACCAAAAGGUGAAAAAGUGCCUACUGUAGAUGACUCAGCCCCAGAUGUCCCUGCCUCACUGCCUGUGUGUGUAUGGAGGGGGGAGGGGACACACAUCAGUAUUAACCCUGGAAUAGGACAUCACUGUGUGACAGCGUCCUCCAGGGGCCACCAAUGGUACAGCCACUUCACGCGCUCGCUCUCUCUCUUUCUGUCUGUCUGUCUGUAUAUAUAUCCUACUUUAUCUCCCUCUCUAACCUGUUGACCGCACAAUGGCUGGCAGGACUGGAAACUGGGCUGACUGGCCUUACUCUGUGGCACAAGGAUUCAGACUGUGUAUGCUAGAGGCAGGUAGGAACAUAACAGCAGGCGAUAAAAAAAAACGAAUCUAAUUUGAAUUUACAAAAAAAAACUAAGAAGUGACCCUUUCUAUCAACACCAUAAUCCAUCUAUAUGGAAAAUACAGUUAGUAUCUAUAUACACAUUUAGUCUGAGCAGUGUAGUGCAGAACCACAUCGUGGUGUAAUCACAAGGCCAGCUUGGCCUAGUCCCAGCAUCAGGAUGCGUAUCCAUUUGGAAACCAUUGAAGCCUUGCUGGGAGGAAUAAUACAGAAAAUAACAUUCAAAAAUAGCAUCAAGAUCUCAUAAAAAGGCAAACGCAAAAUAACAUGACAGUGCAUUGCUCACCUGUACAGAACCAAUAUGGCAUACCGCUUCAAAACCAUUAUUGUAACACUGUAUCCGUGACGGUGCAUGGUCAGCAAAUUUUAACAGAAAAAGUCAUUAUAUUAAUUAUGUUUUAUGGGCAACAUGAGUGGUGACAAUGAAGACGAAACAAUUGUUCACGGUGUUCAUAUCUCAAAGACGCUACAAUGCACACCAGAUACUGUACAGUAAUCAUUACAAGUGAUGGGUGAAAAAACAUGUUCUUCGCAUUAUUCGAGUGCCAUCAUUUAAGGAGUCCAGAUACUGUGAGGUUGUGUAGCCCCUUUUUCUUUAGUUUUUCUAGUUUCACGCUUGUUGUACCCAGGAAAUUGUGCAAAAUCUCUCCAGUGACCAACAUAUCGAAAGUGUUUUUUAAGGUUUGAGAAUCAUUCUGUUCCCAUCAUUCCAUUAGCUUCACAGUCAACUGAACAAAAUAUCCAUGAGUAGUGUACUAAAAUGAGGAUGUAACAUGGUAUAUUAUUUGACAUGUAUAUGAAAAGUAUGCAUGUUGUGAAAGUCUAUUUUAAUCAUGCAGUUUGUAUAAUUCCUUUGGAGCCUGUAGAUAUAGCUGGCUGAUGCUCUUCAUUUUAAGUCAGGGACCGGCGAGAGAAGAGUAAAAAUAAUUGAAAUAAUCUACUGACAGAUUCAAUAGGGGUUUGUGGGACAUCUGGUGGUGAUAACUAUGAAUUGCCUCAAAUGUUAGUUCUAUAUCAGUGAAUAUCACCAGUGUACUCUACCACCGCUACCACCUACUGUAUAACAGAUUCAGAACAAGCACAGUGUGUUUUUGUUGGCAGGACAGAACAGCUCAUUGUUGUCUUGGCGACAAUAAGGGCUGGUUUGAGUAAGAGGGGUGGUGUGAAGCUCACAUGAGUGGCAACACCAAACCAUUUCAACAGGUGGGUGGAUGACUGGAUGGGGUAUUGUGAAGGAACAACGUUUCAAGAGGUAUGUAAGGACACCUGACCUAAUGCUGAGGAGGAUGUUCUCUUACUCUUCUUUCACAGUGUAGAGACAAGCCUUUGUCUGUUCCAUAUGUUUCUAAGCUGUCAGAGGACCCUUGGUUAAUACCAUCCAACCAAUGAGGAAAACGGGUUUAUCAGAUUACGUUUGUGGAAUUUUAGCAAAAAUGAGCAAAGCACUUUUGUGUCCCGAGAAGAGUGAAAAAACUAAAGUAUUGAGUGUAAGCCAUUCGUUUUGCAUCAGAAUUUGAGUUCAGACUUUAUUUGGGGCAUUUGCAAAUGGUUUUAGUGUUGCUGAGCUAUGGAGUGGCCCUGACUUUUAUCUAGCACAGACAUUGUGAAAUAUGUCCGUCAUGGACAUUACUUUGAAUAAAGGCAUCUGCAUAAUAUGGGUCAGUUGACUGUGAAUAUGACAUUUCUAUAAAGUUGCACUUGUGCUCCAGCAAUGUUAGAGGAUAGUAUUCCACUAAUUGACUCAUCAUUGAUAUAUCAAAGCUGCAGACCAAAAUCUUUCACCCUUCCCCUUUGUGCCUAACCCUAACCCAUUUUAGAGAGGACAACUUUCUGACUUAGUAAGAGAGGGCUUGUUGUCUGACAAGAGAAUGACUGGGAUGUGUUCCUAGAUGCCACUGUGAGAAGGCUAGUGGCAUGGUUGUAAUACUUACCAUAGCUGCUUAGCUAGCUACAACCCACUAUGCUUGUUCAUAGCCUUAAUGCAGUGCUGCCAGUCCUAAUGAUGAUGGUGACUGUCUUUUUCUGUUGGUUUUAUUUCCUUUAGCGGAGCUGGUUUUGCCCUUUGACCUUACGUGGCAAGGUCAGGAGCAUAUAACACGGCAAUAUUUUGCAUUAUUUUCUCCAAAUUGCAGAGGGAGCAAUGUAACGUUUCAAGCCAGUAGAACAAGGAUUAGGACCAGAGGGGUGGAUUCUAAAGGUUUCGUAGAAUUGGCAGUAUUUUAGAUGCUCAAAAACCUCACAGCGGCUUCGAAAUGGCUAUUUACUUCAUCCUUAACAUUCAAGACUGGAUUGAUUGGUGAAUUUUCCUUUCUAAAGCCUGCUUGCUUAUAAUAUGAGAUGUAUUAUAUACAAUUGAAGUUGGAUGUUUACAUCUUAGUUAGGUCAGUUAGGAUCACCACUUUAUUUUAAGAAUGUGAAAUGUCAGAAUAAUAGUAGAGAAUGAUUCAUUUCAACUUUUAUUUCUUUCAUCACAUUCCCAGUGGUUCAGAAGUUUGCAUACACUCAAUUAGUAUUUGGUAACAUUGCCUUUAAAUUGUUUAACUUGGGUCAAACGUUUCAGGUAGCCUUCCACAACCUUCCCUCAAUAAGUUGGGUGAAUGCUGGCCCAUUCCUCCUGACAGAGCUGGUGUAACUGAGUCAGGUUCGUAGGCCUCCAUGUUCCCACACGCUUUUUCAGUUCUGCCCACAAAUGUUCUAUGGGAUUGAGGUCAGGGCUUUGUGGUGGCCUAUUUUGUGAAGUGCACCAGUCCCUCCUGCAUCAAAGCACCCCCACAACAUGAUGCUGUCACCCCCGUGUUUCACGGCUGGGAUGGUGUUUUCCGGGUUGCAAGCCUCCCCCUUUUUCCUCCAAACAUAACGAUGGUCAUUAUGGCCAAACAGUUCUAUUUUUGUUUCAUCAGACCAGAGGACAUUUCUCCAAAAAGUACGAUCUUUGUCCCCAUGUGCAGUUGCAAACCGUAGUCUGGCUUUUUUAUGGCGGUUUUGGAGCAGUGGCUUCUUCCUUGCUGAGCGGCCUUUCAGGUUAUGUCGAUAUAGGACUCGUUUAACUGUGGAUAUAGAUACUUUUGUACCCAUUUCCUCCAGCAUCUUCACAAGUUCCUUUGCUGUUGUUCUGGGAUUGAUUCGCACCAAAGUAUGUUCAUCUCUAGGAGACAGAACACGUCUCCUCCCUGAGUGGUAUGACGGCUGCGUGGUCCCAUGGUGUUUAUACUUGCGUACUAUUGUUCGUACAGAUGUACGUGGUACCUUCAGGCAUUUGGAAAUUGCUCCCAAGGAUGAACCAGACUUGUGGGGGUCUACAGUUUUUUUUCUGAGGUCUUGGCUGAUUUCUUUAGAUUUUCCCCUGAUGUCAAGCAAAGAGGCAAUGAGUUUGAAAGUAGGCCUUGAAAUACAUCCACGGGUACACCUCCAAUUGACUGAAAUUAUGUAAAUUAGCCUUUCAGGAGCUUCUGAAGCCAUGACAUCAUUUUCUGGAAUGUUCCUAGCUGUUUAAAGGCACAAUCAACUUAGUAUAUGUAAACUUCUGACCCACUGGAACUGUGAUACAGUGAAUUAAUAUGUCUGUAAACAAUUGUUGGAAAAAAUUACUUGUGUCAUGCACAAAGCAGAUGUCCUAACCGACUUUCCAAAACUAUAGUUUGUUAACAAGAAAUUUGUGGAGUGGUUGAAAAACUAGUUUUAAUGACUUCAACCUAAGUGUAUGUAAACUUCUGACUUCAACUGUAUGUUUUAUUCACUUAUUUUGUUCCAACUUCGGACAACAUCUGCUCUUCAAAGGAUCAAAUACUGUUGAAAGCACUUUGUACAUAGGGAGAUAAAUAUAUUCAAAGAUUGAUAUUUGAGUAUUAUGUGAGAUUUAUCAAAAAUGCACAUGAACUCAUAGGGCUUGAGUUGUCGUUGUUGUGGCUUCUGUCAGCCAAACAUAUGUCUUCUCUAAGAGAAAGUAUCCAAUAGAAGUGCUAAUAAUUCAAAGUGAAGUGUGAGAGAAUUACAAAACUGCUUUUCGGUUGGAUGCAAGUUUGUCUUUUAGCACAAAGAUAGGCAUUGUUCUUCCUUGUUCAAGUCUUAAGGCUUUUUUUGUAUUGAGUCAUUCUGCUUCCAUGAGAGGAACAGCAGCUGGUGUUGUGGGGUGAAAGAUCCUGGCUCAUUCUAGGGAUGAUAAGUGGCAGAAAGCAGGCAUUUUGAAUAUUGCUUUGUUUGCCAACGGAAGCCACCUGUUGUGCCUCAGGCGGUAACACAGGUACAUGUACGCACCACAGGUGUGGGUUUGCCCUCCACCCUGAGCAUUACAGGACAGACUAAAGAAACAGAUUUGAGCUUGCACACAUCUGACAUUUUCAUAUGGCAUUUAAGUUGAGAACAUAAGAACAGUAUGAAGAGGUGAUUGUCUUUGAUGUGGUUGGUGGAACAAGAUAAUUCAAAGUUCUCAUAAUCCUCUUAAUGAACAGGAAGUUGGACUUCAAAUAAACUACACAAUGUAGAUGAUUAUGAACAUGAAUUCCCUCACAUCAAAUAUGCAAAGUGUCACCUGUUUAUAUUACUCACAGGUUACACACCUAGGAGGAUCCUUUUUUCUUAACUAUGGAAAUGAGUAGUAACUGAGCAUUCUUGUCUGUGUGUGCGUAUGCAUGUGUGAGAAUGGUGAAGUGCAGCGUUCUGCCAUCGUGUGCGUUUUCACCUCUUGUCAACUCUUUCUACACAGUGGUCCAUGUAGAAAAGUUGAUCAAGAGGCUCCAUAAUUGGGCCCUAGUUUGCCAAGUGGGGACCAGCAACACACUACUAAGCCCGGUGCGUUCCAAAUGCACCCAUGUUAUGUGUUCUAGCAGCCAAAAAUGCAUUCCAAAUGUAAGAACAUGCAUCUGCAAAUCCUUAGCCAAUUAUUAUUUGCUAUUUUGUUUACAGUCAACUCUCCCUUGCUUUUGUAAAGAACCAAAAAGUUGACUCCUACUAACAAGAGCUAGAAACAAUAUUGAUUGAGAAGGUCAUUAACCUAUAUAGAGGAAUAAAUGUGCCUGUACAUAUGCAUACCGUACGUAUGGCUACAGUAAGAUGGGGCACAGAGUAACAGAUCAAGGUGACAUCACAAUGAUGGCAAAGUAUUCCCUUUAAUUAUUUAGUAGAGGAGAUCAACUACUGUUCAUGAUCUGAGUGCACCAUAAUCCUAUGUAAAUACAGCUGUGUGUGACGGUAUGCAUAUUUAAGUAGGUUAUGGUGUCAAUGCUUUUCUGAUUCAGUUAAUCCAAUCUCUGUAAACACAUUAUAGGUUUUAUUUCUCUUCACAGAGGGAGAACAUGCUGCCUGCCUGUUUGUCAUUGUGGUCUGAGUGAGAAAGUAUGCACACGUGCAUGCAUGUGUUGCUAUUAUAUUUAACAGAAUGAAUCUCCAUUCUGUUGAAUGAUUAUGGUGAACUCUGGAAAGAAUCUGAUAUUGAGGACGUUCCGAUAUUGAGGACGUUCUAAUUGUUUAACAUGUGACCAAAGUAAACAUUGUUUGAUCUCACCUUUCUUUCUGUACUUUCUUUUCUAGAGAUGCUUGAAUAUUUUCUCUCAAUGCCAAGAAGCUGAGGUUUAUUUUUCUACAUUGUUUCAUGCAAAUGUAUAGGUCCUUCUCCACUACAGAAUCUAGAAUAAAGGGAUUCUAUUGUAUAUCGUUGCAUAUUAUGGUAUUUUUAUUUAAGAUUCUAAUUUGUGUAUUUAAUGUCUGAAGCAUGCCAUAUAUAAAUGCAUAUAAAUAUAAAAUGUAUACAGUGCAUAUAUGUGAUUACUUUCUACAAAAUGUUAACAUUGUUUGUAAGCCAAGGCAUUGUUUUGAAUAUCUGGAGCAUAUCUAAUAUUUUUGUUUAUAUUUUAGCAUGUAGAAAACUGCUACAAAUAUUUGUAUUCUGUUAAAUAUUUGCUGUAAUUCGUUUUAGAGGAUACCUUGUUUUAUCAUUUAGGGAAGGACUAACCAUGAGCACUUUUGCUGUUUCAGCCAGAAUUGUACUCCUUAAAAUUUUCAGUGGGCGAUGGUUUAUUAUUUCAUUUGAGAUGCUGCUAUGACUAGUUUUGAGCAGAAAAGCUGUAUUUUUAAUUAACUUUCAGACAAGUAGCAAUAAAAAUUUAUACUGUGAAAAA